UUUCGGUGAAUGAAAAAUGAAAAAAAAAAACAGUUACAAUUAAGGCACUUAAAAGUGCUCUUUAUGAAGUUCAGACAAAUAUUAACUAAGCUCCCCAAACAAGUCAUGGAAUUUUCUCUUUUCUCUGAACCCUUCAUUCAUCCUCAUCUCCACCCUAUUGUGGCCAAAAUGACCCUUUUUGACACCAUACUCUUCUAUGUGAUACAUUUUGUGGACAAGCUUGGGUUGUGGCAUAGGCUUCCUGUGUUGUUGGGAUUAGCAUACUUGGGAAUUAGGAGGCACUUGCAUUACCGUUACAAUCUGUUGCAUGUUGAAGGAGUCAAUGGCCACAAGUAUGACACACAAGAUUAUGCAUAUAGGACACCGGAUGGUAUGUGCAACCACCCCACCGACCAUUUGAUCGGCAGCCAGGGGACUUCCUUUGGCCGGAACAUGCAGCCGGCGACCUUAGAUUAUGGGUUACUGGACCCUCACCCUACUGUGGUAGCCUCAAAGCUCCUAGCAAGAAAGAAUUUCAAAGACACAGGGAAGCAAUUCAACAUGAUAGCUUGCUCAUGGUUACAGUUCAUGAUUCAUGACUGGAUUGACCAUUUAGAGGACACAGAACAGGUGGAAAUUAGAGCUCCUGAUGGUUAUUCAAGUGGAUGUCCUUUACAGUCUUUCAAGUUUUUCAAGACUAAGAAGUUCAAAACAGGUUCUUCAUGUAUGAAGUUUGGCUUCCUAAACAUUAGGACUCCUUGGUGGGAUGGAAGCGUCAUAUAUGGGAAUAAUGAGAAGGGCAUGAGAAGAGUGAGGACAUUCAAAGAUGGAAAGCUGAAAAUCUCAGAAGAUGGGCUUCUUGAGCAUGAUGAAAAUGGUAUUCCUAUCUCAGGUGAUGUUAGAAAUUGCUGGGCUGGCUUUUCCCUUAUGCAGGCCUUGUUUGUUAAGGAGCACAAUGCUGUAUGUGAUAUGCUAAAAGCGCACUAUACUGAUUUUGAUGAUGAGCAGCUAUAUAGAUAUGCAAAAUUGGUGACUUCAGCAGUCACUGCAAAAAUUCACACAAUUGAUUGGACUGUAGAACUCCUAAAGACUGAUACUCUACUGGCAGGGAUGAGGAUCAAUUGGUACGGAUUUUUGGGGAAGAAAUUUAAAGAUUUAUUUGGAAAUAUUUGUGGGCCCGUACUUAGUGGAUUAGUUGGUCUCAGGGAGCCAAGAGAUCAUGGAGUUCCCUACACACUUACUGAAGAGUUUGUCAGUGUUUACAGAAUGCAUUCUCUGCUACCUGAUGAAAUUGUCCUUCGAGAUAUCAAGCCUUCAACAGGAGAAUAUAAAUGUCCUCCAAUGCUUGAAACGUAUAUCGUUAUGCCUCUCACUGAUUCUAGUUUUAAAGCUCAGAUUUCAGACUUUAUUGGGGUGCCUAUGAGGGAAAUGUUGGGAAAAGAAGGGGAAAGAAGGCUAUCAAACAUAGGAAUGGAGCAAAUGCUAGUAUCCAUGGGUCAUCAAUCAUGUGGUGCAAUUGCUUUAUGGAACUAUCCAACAUGCUUAAGGAACCUCAUUGCCCAUAAUGUUGAUGGAGAGGACAGACCUGAUCCGGUUGAUAUGGCUACCAUGGAAGUUUAUAGAGAUAGAGAAAGGGGUGUUGCGAGGUAUAAUGAAUUCAGAAGAAACUUGUUGAUGAUCCCUAUUAGCAAGUGGGAGGAUUUAACAGAUGAUGAAGAGGUGAUUGAAGCUCUUAAAGAGGUAUAUGAAGAUGAUGUUGAGAAGCUAGACUUGAUAGUGGGUCUCCAUGCAGAGAAGAAGAUAAGAGGGUUUGCUAUCAGUGAGACUGCUUUCUUUAUUUUCCUAAUGAUGGCUUCAAGGAGGCUAGAAGCUGAUCGUUUCUUCACAACGAAUUUCAACUCUAAAACAUACACAGACAAAGGGCUAGAAUGGGUAAACAGAACAGAGAGUUUGAAGGAUGUGAUAGACAGACACUUUCCUGAAAUGACUAAAAAUUGGAUGAGGUGCUCAAGUGCAUUCAGUGUUUGGGAUUCAAUGCCAGAUCCCACAAACUACAUACCUCUAUAUUUGAGACUAGCCCCAUAAUAAUGAUGUGCCCUUGUGCAACCAAAUCUCAACUUUUCCCUCAUAUUCUAGCCAUUCAAGAAUGGUUUAUUCAACUAUUUGUCUAUUCCGAUCCUAUUGUCAAUACAUGUAUAAUUAAUGUACUACUUCCCUCUUUUCACUAUCUAUACUAUGUAAACUUUGUUACAAUCAGCCCCAUUCGCUGUUAACUGAAAACUAUAAUUAUAUAUUUGGAUCU